AUGUCAAACAUGUCUAACGCUCCUGUCAGACCCUCGCACCCGUUCAAUGUUUCAUCUGUAUUCGAAGUGUCCGACACCCUCGCGCCUGCAGACAAUAGGAACUACACUUUCCGUGGAACAACUGUUGCUAUCACUUGCGACGGCUGGCAAGGAGACAAUUCCCGUGAAUACGACGGUGCACUGGUUGCAUACUGCGGUCCAAUGGAAGUGCCUCACGAAGAACACUGCUACGCCCUGCGGGCCAAAAUGAUCCCACAGGUUGAGUCAGCCAAGUACAAGCUGUACUACGAAGCAGAGCAUAAAAUCAUGGUGGGAACUACUGACACGUUCUCCGGCGAGCUCAACAAUAACACCGGCGCCUCCGGUUUAGGUAUCGUUACAUCCAAGGUCGACAUACCAGAACCCAACUCUGAGGACACUACUCUCGCUUUUGUAAUGACACAUGUCGAUUAUAGCCCCGAGCUCCGUGAGUCUGUUACAUUUGAGUUCGAAUACCGGAUUCGUCCUACCUUGAAGCUCAAGAAAUCUCAAAGCAUCGUGCAAUGCGGCAAGGAAAUCUUGGUUCAUGGGUUUAUUGUUGAUUGGGACGAUACCUCCAACCGCUGGAUCGUUACGGCACUCAACGUAUGCACUGGCCCUGAGACAGUUUCUAAAAAACGCGCAAUUCAAGGAGCCAAGGUGACUCCAACCGGUCGAGUUCGCCCCGCGAAGCACGUGGCUCCAAGAACUCCUACAAAGACCACCCCGACCAGUAUUACGAACGCUACAACCCAAAAAGUCUCCGCACGAUCUUCGCCACGCCUUGACAGUAGCAGUCAACUCGCCGAAACGCCUGAUGCCAUCAUCAAUGAAUUGUACCCUGAGGCCGGCCCCAGCACUUCGCGUCCAUCGUCUUCCAGCCGCCCAGCCAAGAAGACCAAGACUAACUGA